GUGACAUCAUCAGUGUGCUGGAGCUAAAAGUAAUUGCUUCAAGCUGGCAGAGGCCUACGACUGCAACAGAAAGAAGAAUGGCCAGGGAAUUGCGCACCCCUCUUUCCAAGAGCUCCCGUUUUUUGAAGAACUGAAGAGGAUCAUGUUUUAAAACUACCCGGACUCUCUUGACUAAAUGUUGGACCUCGGGAAGCAGGCAAAAGUGAAAAUGAGUCAUGAGGCCCAAGGGCCGGGGCUGAGAGAUGCCUUUGACGUUCUAGUCAAGACACCAUCGCAGCGACUGCUAAGCCUAACAAUGCAACUGGGCGAGUCUCCUGAAGAGAGUAUCGUACACGCCUUGUGUCUGAUCGUUCUCCAGAGAGAGGAGCAGGCCCUGAAGAAACUCCAGAUGCUGAGGGAUAACUCCAUCGCUAAAUAUCUGACUGAAAACUUGAAAACGAGUGGAGGGACGUUACAAGAUCUUGAAAUUCAUUGUGGUUCUUUUCAAGAAUUAACUAGAGAAUCUUUGGCAACGUUGGCCCGAAUUUUUAAAGUUUUGUCAGAGAAGAGGUUGUGUGAUUCGCUAAAAAGGGAUCUGGCUUAUAAGAGAGUCAUUUCCAGUGACUUGACAAAAACAGGCAACGGUGAGGAUCAGGGGUAUGAUCAGAUCAAAGAGGAAGCUAAAGAUGUCUGUGGGCCUGAGUUUGCAGAGUGGAUGUGCUCCUGGAGCGACGUCAAGUCAGAGUCUGACCUUGAUCCUCAGGGAAGCCUGGUUGAAGGAAAUAGUACUUUAAAAGUUGCUGGGUCUCAGCAUACGUCAGUGAGCCUUCCCAGCCCUCUUCAGACAAGCCUCUCAGAGCCUUCUUACCCCACUCAUUUAGAGAUAAGUAUUGCUCCAACAGUCUCGUUUCAAGGAGACAAAAUAAGUCCGCAAACAUCAGAAACCCCCAAACUAAAUCCACCUGAGCAAUUGCAAUUAGCUGAGCCUAAACCCACCGGAUCUCCUCUGUUUGGAGCAAAAACAGACUCAAAGAUGGAUGGGACCUUAAUGGCUACGAGUCACACCACCCAGACUCCAGACCAAACACAAAAGCCAAGCAUUGAAGCAAGAUUUGCACUUCCUACCGCGACGAAAAUUCUUGAACCCGCGACGCUUACUCCAGCAGGCUUCUUUGAAAGUAAAGGUGCGGAAGAUUUCGAAGAGGACAUAUUUUAUGCGUUCGUUAUCUUGCAUGCUCCAGAUGAUGCAGACAUGGCCGAGUCCAUGAAGGAAAAACUGGAAGAAGUCAUCGGUUUUGCUGGCGCAACUUUUGCGGAUGAGUUUGCCCUCCCCGGUAAGAGCACUCUGAAGUGUGUGGAAGAUGCUAUAAACAACUCGGCCUAUACCUUCCUGCUCCUUACCCGCAACUUCAACUCUCGGAUGCUGGAGAUGAAGACAAACACUGCUCUUAUCAACUCCAUAAACAAUAGACACAAGUACAACACUGUUAUCCCUCUGUUGCCGCGGGAGAACUGCAUGCCCAAACAGUGCAUCCCACUAAUUCUGCAGACGCUAGUUCCACUUGAGGAGAACAGGAGCUUUGAGAAAAAACUAAAAAGGUCAUUGUCGACAGAAAAGAUUGAAAGGCAGAGAAAAAUCUGGACUAAAGAGCAGGAACAGAAAAUUCUGCAACAGAAAAGUUUAAACCAGAGGGACAAUGACAACCUGAACCGUUUUCUGCAGCAAAACUGUUGCAUCGGUGCCAGUGGUUCAACAGAGGAUGGUGGUGACGGCAGGGUGUGGUGGCAACAACAACCAAACAUUCAUAUUGAAAAUGCCAAGUACAUAAUGAUUGGCAAUGAUUCUCGCAUGAGUGUGGAUUUGGGAGGAAGUACAGACAAUAAGGAUUCGCUUGACAGAGAGGAGGGGCAAUAAACGUAAAGGUGAACUCAAAGCUGACUGUCUGGUUUCCUGGGAUCAGUGAACAUGUGGAAAUUGAAAGAAUUGUAUUUUGAACACUAAAAUAUCAAAGGUGUAAAAACCACUGUAAGUGGCAAAACUCAAAUGAUAAUUUAAAUGCCUUUUAAAUGUUUUUUUUUUUAAAAAAAGACACUGUAACAGUAACGUACACUGAUCAGCCACAACAUCAUGAACUAUGAGUUGAGAAGUAAAUGGCAUCGACCAUCUUACUGACAAUUCAAUGUUCUGCCAGCUGGGAAGCUUUUGGACCCGAGAUUCAUGUAGGUGCACCACCCACCCACACCAGACCAAGUACCCCAUCCCAUAGCAAAGAAAAGCCUGGUACAGACACACACAUAAAAACGGUUUAGAAACUCGAAAAACAUGAAGAACAGCACAACUCGUUGACUGUAGAUCUCAAGUAACUGAUCAAGUAUCUGCGGGAUGCACUGGAGCAAACCUGAUCCACAGAGACCCCUCCCCUCAACCCCAGAGGACCCAUGUCCAUUCUCUGAUGAAUCACAGCUGUUUUGGAGACACACCGGAUUUUUAGCGGAAUACUGACAUCUACUGGCCGAUAUGUGAUACGUGCUUUCUGACCUUUUUUUAAGUUGCAUGAACCGCCUCUAGUCGCUAGAGAGCAACACUUCCCCAGACAUCGAUGUCUACCUGCCAUUUGACAACUUUUGGAAUAAAAUGUGGAAUCUGGGAAAUAUCA